AUGGCUCGCCUGCUCGCGCAAAGCCUAGCCCGCCCCUCUCCGGCCACCGCCUCCCUCCUCCCGCUGCGCGGGCUCUCCACCAAGGUCGAGCUCAUCGAGAUCGACCUCGCCGAGGAGGACCCGUCUUCGGUCGAGGUCGUGGGGAUCCGGCGCAUGGAGGAGGCCAUCCACGGCGUGAUGGUGCGGCGGGCCACGCCCGAGUGGCUCCCCUUCGUGCCGGGCGGGUCCUUCUGGGUGCCCCCUGUGCGUCGCCCCCGCGGGGUCGCCGAGCUCGUCGGCCGGAUCGCGGCGUCCGGGGUCGGCGAGGUGUCGUACGAGGCGGACCCCUACGUCCCCAUGACGGAGGAGGAGGUGCUCUCCCUUUCGACCGCCCGGGGGUGGCCGUCGGCGGCCUACUUCGUCGAAGGUUUUCCUUUCCGAGCGAGCAACUUUCUUUUUCUCAAGAGAGCACAAGCGGAAUCGCCGAUUGUUGUCUACGAAUAG